AUGCAGCAAGAAACAAAACUAGGAUAUGAACUAGAUCGGAUUCCACCGGCUGUUUUCUCAACAACAAUGACUCCGAAACAAGAAUGGAGUAUACAAUCUAACGAGUCUUUGUUCAGUAUUCACAUGGGAGAUCAAAGUUUCUCUACUAUGUAUAAAUCUGGAGAACUCAUUAUGUAUAAAUCAGGAGAACUUACUAAUUUCGACUAUACAGCUCCGUAUUUUAAUAACAACAACAACCACCUUGAUAACAAAAAUACUUUAACCGACGCUGGAACCAAAGAAGCCAAUAUAACCGUAGUAGUGGAGACCGGACCAAAAACUGCUAAUGGAGAUGGCUUAACCAAUGUUUUUAAACCCGAUCCACCACAACCAGUUCCGGUUUCACCAACGAAGUCUUAUCACUCCGAGACCAGUAAUACCAGCGCAGCUUCUUUCGCAUUUCCCACAUUACCAGAGUACCAACAAGAUCAGAAGACAUCAUUGAAUAUGAAAUGUGAAAGUGGUAUAACGGACAUAUCGAGACCUGAUCAGAAUCCCGGUUUAAACCUCGAUGAUCCAAAACAGGGCAAGGAUGGUGGUUGGCUUUCUUGUUUCACUUGUUUUUCGGUGAAAAAUUGA